AUGCUGGCUUUGUUCAGCAAACUGCUGGACUGGUUCCGGGCGCUCUUCUGGAAGGAGGAGAUGGAGCUCACGCUGGUCGGGCUGCAGUACUCGGGCAAGACCACCUUCGUCAACGUGAUCGCGUCAGGACAGUUCAACGAGGACAUGAUCCCCACCGUGGGCUUCAACAUGCGCAAGAUCACCAAGGGCAACGUGACCAUCAAGCUCUGGGACAUCGGGGGGCAGCCCCGCUUCCGGAGCAUGUGGGAGCGCUACUGCCGCGGAGUGAGCGCCAUCGUGUACAUGGUGGACGCCGCCGACCAGGAGAAGAUCGAGGCCUCCAAGAACGAGCUGCACAACCUGCUGGACAAGCCCCAGCUGCAGGGGAUCCCGGUCUUAGUCCUGGGGAACAAGCGGGACCUCCCGGGAGCGCUGGAUGAGAAGGAGCUGAUUGAGAAAAUGAAUCUGUCUGCCAUCCAGGACCGAGAGAUCUGCUGUUACUCCAUUUCCUGCAAAGAGAAGGACAACAUUGACAUCACCUUACAGUGGCUUAUCCAGCACUCGAAGUCACGAAGGAGCUGA